GGGCCGGGGCUGGACGAAGGGGACGCUCAGCUGGGCCUGCUGGGCCCUCAGCCGGCUGCUGACGGGGGCGGCGCAGGAGGGCGGCGCGGCCUCGGUGCAGCCGCUCCAGACUCCCCAGGCUCUUCAGCAAGCUGCUUUCUGCCCCCAUCAUGUCUUGGUUUACUGACCUUGCCGGGAAGGCAGAAGAUCUUCUCAACCGAGUUGACCAGGGCGCUGCGACGGCGCUUAGUCGGAGAGAAAACCCCAGCCACAGUGUCUACGACAGGCGCGUUGAUGGUCCAGAGCUUCACUCGCUGCCCGGGACAAAAGCCGCGUACAUUUCCUCGGCAGCUGAGAGCAUUCGAAAUCACCAGGCCACCCUCUUGGCUGGCACCGCGAACAUGAAGGCAGGCCUCCGGACACCAGUGGAGGCCUCCUCUGCUACCGAAAAUGUGCCCCAGCCCAGGCCUUCGUCCCAGUUUGUCCGAAGAAAAAAGUCAGAGCCUGAUGAUGAGCUGCUGUUUGAUUUUCUUAACAGUUCACAGAAGGAGCCCUCCGGCAAGGUGGACAUCAGAAAAGAGAGGGCCCAGGUGCCUGCUCAGAACUCUCAGACAGACAGUGCCAGCUCUGCGGGCACCAGUGUAGCUGCCGCUGCCGCCGCCACCGCCACCAUCACCCCCGCUGCUCCCGAGGAAUGUUCUCCGGGGAGCCAAAGCCAUGAAACCUCUAACACUGAAGACGCCGGCCCUGAAGGCCAAAAGGAUUCUCCAAAGGAGAGCUCAGCCUCGGCCGUCGCUUGCGCUGGUCACCCCCCAACAGCUAACGAGGAUGGCAAAUCACACGAGCUGUCUAACCUUCGGCUGGAGAACCAGCUGUUGAGGAAUGAGGUUCAGUCUUUAAAUCAAGAAAUGGCCACCUUGAUCCAGAGAUCCAAGGAUACUCAAGAAGAAUUAAACAAAGCGAGAACAAGAGUUGAGAAGUGGAAUGCUGACCACUCAAAGAGCGAUCGAGUUACUCGGGAGCUUCGAGCCCAAGUUGACGAUCUGACGGAAGCGGUGGCCGCCAAAGACUCCCAGCUGGCCGUACUGAAAGUGCGCUUGCAAGAAGCUGACCAGCUACUGAGCACCCGCACGGAGGUGCUAGAAGCCCUGCAGAGCGAAAAAUCACGGAUCCUGCAGGACCACACUGAAGGUAGCAGCCUCCAGAACCAGGCUCUGCAGACUCUCCAAGAGAGACUGCAUGAAGCGGACACCACGCUGAAGAGAGAGCAGGAGGGCUACAAGCAGAUGCAGAGUGAGUUUGCUGCGCGCCUGAGUAAGCUGGAGAUGGAGCGUCAGAGCCUGGCCGAAGCCGUCACUCUGGCAGAACGGAAGUACACGGACGAGAAGAAGAGGGUCGAGGAGCUCCAGCAGCACGUGAAGACUCACAAGACCAGCCUGGAGGCCUCCAAGCAGGAACUGGCUGACUACAAGCAGAAGGCGGCGCGGAUCCUCCAGUCCAAGGAGAAACUGAUCAGCAGCCUGAAGGAAGGCUCUGGGCUCGAAGGCCUGGACGGCAGUGCUGCCCACAGCGUGGAGCUCGAGGAGCUGCGGCACGAGAAGGAGCUGCAGCGCGGGGAGAUCCAGUCGCUGCUGGGCCAGCUGCACCAGCUGCGCUCCGAGAUGCAGGAGAUGGAAGCUCAGCAGGCGAAUGAAGCAGAAUCGGCCAGGGAGCAGUUACAAGACCUCCAAGACCAAAUUGCUCAGCAGAAAGCUGCGAAACAAGAACUGGAGGCGGAACUGGACCGACAGAAGCAGGAAGCCCAUUACAUGGAAGAAGACCUGUAUCGGACCAAGAACACACUGCAAAGCAGAAUUAAAGAUCGAGAAGAGGAAAUCCAGAAACUGCGGAACCAGCUCACCAAUAAAGCUCUGAGCAACAGCAGUCAGUCGGAGUUGGAGAGCCGGCUGCACCAGCUGACGGAGACCCUCAUCCAGAAGCAGACCCUGCUGGAGAGUCUGAGCACGGAGAAGAACUCGCUGCUCUUCCAGCUGGAGCGCCUCCAGCAGCAGAUGAGCUCCGCCCCUGGGAGCAGCGGCAGCGGCUCAUCCAUCAACAUGUCGGGCAUGGACAGCGGCGACGGCGCGCGUCUGCGAAACGUGCCCGUGCUGUUCAGUGACACAGAAGCGAGUCUGGCAGGGAUGUACGGGAAAGUCCGCAAAGCUGCCAGCUCGAUUGACCAGUUCAGCAUCCGCCUGGGAAUUUUUCUCCGAAGAUACCCCAUAGCGAGGGUGUUUGUGAUUAUAUACAUGGCUUUGCUUCAUCUCUGGGUUAUGAUCGUCCUGUUGACCUACACGCCAGAAAUGCACCACGACCAACCGUACGGCAAAUGAGCCGAACCCAGUGGCUGGAAGGCUCGCCUGUCUUUUUCUAGAACUGAGAUCAGCACAUGGGUCACUGGCUGGAGGUCUCAUCAGGGACAGCCAAAAUCACUGUUAACUUUCUAAGUUAUUGCACACCUACUUCUGCUUCCUAAAUCGCUCUCAGUUCCCUUCCGGUGGCAAGAGGUUCUAAAACAAGGUGAUUUAACCGGCUCAAUGUUGCAGGUUCAGGGAUGCUAAGACAGCAGGCUGCAGGUGGGGAGACUGCAGUUGUUCACUGCCCUGUGUCUCAGGGCGCCAAGAGUGGGCCAGAAUCAGGGAAAUGAAUUGUAUUUAGCGAUAUAAAUAAAUGGAUUGUUUUCUUUUUGGUAA